AAGCGUGGCGAGCGUACUUUUCGGGUACCUUGUUCGGCCGUAGCUCCUCCCCCUGGUGACGGGUCUCCUCCCCUAGGUACGUCAGAAGGUCCCUUCUCCAGACUCCCACUCCGAUAUAGAAUCAACCCUGCCAUGACUAACCAUGGCCGUUUUACCGCUUCCGGUACAGGAGUAGACCCGAACACCGCCUCUUUACCAGCGUGUAACCUCCGGUCUAUGUGGUUACACCGGAAGUCGAGCGUGUUUCCAGUGCUACCGUUGAUUCUGGCAUCGUGUUUGCGUCCUCAGGCAGCAGCAUCUGUGAGUGAGUGAGUGAGCAGGCGGUUGUCGUAGCCGGUGACUGCCGUGCGUUAGAGAGGACAACAUCUUGAAAAUGAACCACACAGGAAAUCAUUCUGGUCCUAAAAAUAAGAAAAAGAAAAAUGAAAACACCGAGAGAAUUGCUUUGCUUGAUUUUGUUGAGGAUCCCAAACGAACAGUUUCUCUUGUUGGUCUUCAAUAUUUGGUUGCACUUAAGUUGAUGGACUCAACAGAAUGUCUUAUUAAAUGUAACUUAUGCAAGUUUAAGGGAAAUGACAGCGAUAUGAGGAACCAUCUUGUUGGCUUAGAUCACUUAACGUCCUUCUUGGAAAAACAUUAUAUGUUUUUGUUGGAAGACGUGAAACAUACAGGGUUUCAAAAGCCUCAAUUAGAACUUCUGCUUCGGGAAUACGCAAGAGAGAUAGAACGUUUGGAAGGAACUGGUGCUAUUAAUAUUGAAGUCGUUUUCGAAUCUGAAUUCAGGAAAGAACAAGACACCUGGGUAGAGUUAACUGACUCUGCAAAGUACCGGUCCGCACUACAUAAAGAAUUUCCAUUCUACCGAAGAAAAAUGGCUUUAUCAUAUUCGAGAAAUCUAAAGAGUUCAUCCCAGACAGAGGCAUCUGGACUGCUGAGCCUGACACAGCAGCUGCUUAACAAUCUGGAGCAGUAUUAUCUGAAAUGUAAACCACCGUCUACACCGGGAUCCAGUGGGAUUAUCAGUACCAUUGCCACAAUUGAAACACCAUCAAAUAUGUUGCCUUCAAGUGGUAAUAAAAACAAUGACUACACAACAAACUUAGAGAGCACAAUAAUGAAAUCAUCGCGGGACAUUGAGGAACCAUCUACUUCGUCCAUGUACCAGAGCAAUGCAGAAUAUACACAUCGGCAGUUCACUGGACACGAGUCACAAAUUCCUGAUACAUCCGGCUACGGCCAGGUCCACGUGGAACAGAACGCAGAGCGCAGAGGUCAUGUCUUUCACAGUAGCGUCAAUGACCACUUUUCAAACAUUGAAGCUACCUCUGAAAGUCAGCCUUCUGCGGCACCGAUUGUCUCUUACGCAAAGGAAUUUAUCAAUACAGAUGAGACUAACGCAAUCGUUCCUGAUCAGCCUGAUCGGUCUUCUAUUACAGACCAGUACACUGCAGAAUAUACACAUCGGCAGUUCACUGGACACAAGUCACAAAUUCCUGAUACAUCCGGCUACGGCCAGGUCCACGUGGAACAGAACGUAGAGCGCAGAGGUCAUGUUUUUCACAGUAGCGUCAAUGACCACUUUUCAAACAUUGAAGCUACCUCUGAAAGUCAGCCUUCUGCGGCACCGAUUGUCUCUUACACAAAGGAAUUUAUCAAUACAGAUGAGACUAACGCAAUCAUUCCUGAUCAGCCUAAUCGGUCUUCUAUUACAGACCAGUACACUGCAGAAUAUACACAUCGGCAGUUCACUGGACACAAGUCACAAAUUCCUGAUAUAUCCGGCUACGGCCAGGUCCACGUGGAACAGAACGUAGAGCGCAGAGGUCAUGUUUUUCACAGUAGCGUCAAUGACCACUUUUCAAACAUUGAAGCUACCUCUGAAAGACAGCCUUCUGCGGCACCGAUUGUCUCUUACACAAAGGAAUUUAUCAAUACAGAUGAGACUAACACAAUCGUUCCUGAUCAGUCAUCGUCCCACACCAGCAGUUCAUGUGAGCAGUCUUCUGAAAUGUCAUCAUCAAGACAUUCAGUGGGCAAAACCUCCAAAGCUCUGAGCCCUGACAUUCUGCUGCUACUUAAAGGAAAAGAUGCAAGUACUGUCACAAGCAUCCUCAGGACCCUGUCUCCUUUUUAUCCAGCUCUUCAGGAUGUGAACCUUGAGAUUCUUGGCCAGGUGCUCGUUAACACUGGGGUGCUAGACUAAGAUCCUGCAGCUCUUAUUAAGAUGAAGUAAUUAGGAUGUGGAGGAUGCAUUGGAAAUCCACCUCAAUGAUGCAUGUUCAGAAAAGAUAUAUAUAGAUUAAGGGUGUGCAAAAGCACAAGUCUGCUUAUGACAUUAUGUUUGUACAGUUUAAAUCUGGUGAAUGCACCCUCAGUGUUUUUCUGCAUACACAGAUAUUCAGAUGUAUCCAAGCCUCACUGCAAUCCCUCAUGGGUCACCAGUUCUUGUAAUAAAAAAAAAAAACUUCAGAACCUCAACGCAUUUCAGUACUCGGGUUGAGUGUCUUUCUCAGCAGAUACAGGACCCAUUUGGCAUACUGAGCAUCUUUUUCAACAGGUACAGUUAUUUACCUGUUGAAAAAGAUGUGGAGCGUAUCGAAACUUAUCCAUGGCUGCACGGUUUUUGUUGUUUACAAGAACUGGUGAUCUUGUUGCAGGUGUACUGGCUUGUAUGGUCAUUCACAACAAAAUAUUCUGUUUCUCCUAAGAUGCUAUUAUUAAAGCUGGACUAUCUCCAGAAAAGCUUGACUACUUCUUAUAUGUUAUACGCAGAGAUCUUUAAGCAAUACUUUUUUUUUUGUUUUAUUAUUAUUAUUAUUGUUGUUCAUUUUAAAAUCUUACUACGUUGCAGCAAAGCAUCUUGGGACAAACAGAGAAUCUUUUUGUUGCAGGUGAUCAGAAAACCUGCAACAAAUGAAUGCAAUUCAUUCAGUUGGAUCAAAUCGAUCCCAACUCUUCCUUAAGGUCCUAGAUGUUUACAUUCUUGUCAAAAAUAAAAACUCUUGCAUAAGUUUUUUUUAUGCUUAACAUCUUUUUCAGCUGGUACAUGUACCUUGUGGGAAAGGUACUCUGUAUGUUGAGUCGUACUGUACCUGUUGAAAAAUACUUAGCCAGUUUAAUGAAAGGUGGCCACGGUUCUGUGGUUUCUUUGACAAGAAUUGUUAACUAUCCAGGACUUCUGGGAGUGUGUCAAAGCUGGGAUCGACUUAACCAUUGAUUGAAACUUGCUUACAUGCCUCAUUACAUCACUGUUCUAGUACGAGUCCCAUUAGGAAAUAUAAAUGUUAGCUCUCGGUUACUGUACAUGCCUUUGUAGACCUUAAAAUGUGAGUUGAUUAAUAAAAACAUUUAUCUCUUUGA